AUGCGUCUGUUGGUUCCUCACCUUGAUUCCGAAAGGGCAUACGAUCUCAAGGAAGUACGAUUGGCGAAUGCGUACAUUAGGGCUUUCUCGCUAACAAGGUCUUCUCCUGAUGCACAAAGACUUGUUAAUUGGACCAAGCCAAAGUUUACCGGAAGGAAGUGGGGAUCCGUUCAAGCAGUUGGAGAUUUUGCUUCCAUUGCGGCCGAAGUCAUAUCUGUUCGAUCAGUGGUAACAAAGUCUAAAGGGCUAUCGAUUGAUUUUGUUAACGAGAAUCUCCGCGAAUUGAGCGACGCAGCAAGCUUUGAUGAGGCUGUUAAAGUAAUCAAGGGUUUUCUGAAUAACUAUACUGCUGAGGAACAAAAGUGGUUGAUCAAAAUAAUAUUGAAAGACUUGAAAGUCGGUCUCAGUGAAGACUCUAUUCUCGCAGUAUACCAUCCUGAUGCACGAAAUGUGUUUAAUAGAUGUAAUAACCUGCAGAAAGUGACUGAUGAAUUGACUGAUCCACACAAACGUGUAACAAACUUUGAAAUCACGUUAUUCAACCCAAUACGGCCAAUGCUUGCUAAGCGACUAGAUAUUGGUGAAAUUCCAAAGGCUUUGGGUGGCAAGACAUUUUGGAUGGAGGAAAAAUUAGAUGGGGAACGAAUACAAUUACACAAGGCGGGCGAUAAGUUUGCAUACUAUUCUAGGCGAGCGAUAGACUACACACAUUUGUACGGAGAAUCAAAGGAUGAGGGCUCUCUUACUCCAUACAUAUACAACCUCUUUAAUCAUACAGAUAGCUGUAUUUUAGAUGGCGAGAUGUUGGCCUAUAACCCGAUAUACGAUGCCUUUAUGCAAUUCGGGACACUCAAAACGGCAGCAAGUGACAUGUUCGAUGACCCUGAAAAACCUCGCCCAUGCUUUGUUGUGUUUGACGUAAUCUUGCUCAAUAACAAGCCACUAAACAAGCAGAAAUAUUCGAAACGUCGCGAAAUACUAAAUAGGAUGAUUAAUCCUCUGCGUGGUCAUCUGCAGCUAAUGCCUUACAAAGAAGGGAAAGAUAAGAAAGAUUUGCUGAAAGCGUUGGAGUUUUCAAUUCAAGACGGGCAAGAAGGAUUUAUUGUAAAGAACCCUGAAAGUCCUUAUCAGUUUGACACGCGGUGUUCCGACUGGAUUAAGCUGAAGGCUGACUAUUUUGAUGGAUUGUCGGACUCAUUGGAUCUCUUAAUAAUUGGGGGAUCUUAUGGAAAGGGGAAGCGUGCAAACAUGGUUGGAACGUUCAUGUGUGGCUUGCGUGUACCGACUGAAGAUGGGACGCCCAAAUUCCAAGCUUUUUGCAGAGUUGGCUCGGGAUUUACUCUAGUUCAGCAAAAAGAAUUCCACGAAGCACAUAAUUGGGUUCAUUAUGAUGCAAAGAAUUGCCCUAGCUGGAUUACUAUUGGCAAAGAUAAGCCAGACGUGAUUGUCCAGGUUCCAACAACUGCCAAAGUGGUUGAAGUGAGGGCAAGUGAAAUAAUACAAGCUACUCAAUAUCCCAGCUCUUUGACACUUCGAUUCCCUCGCUUUAUAAAAACGAGAGAUGACAAAGAUUGGACUAUGGUUAUGACUGUUGAAGAAAUGUACGAAUUAAAAAAGAUAGGACUUCAAAGACCGCCCACUUUAACCGAAGACUCUCCACCGGAAUCUUCCAAGAAAACAGUAGCUUUGCGUAAACGUCAGAAGAUGCUUCAGUUCACAUUACAAAGCUCUAUUGAAGUCGUUGAUCAACCUCUUUUUGAGAAUAUGACAUUUUAUGUGUUUCGUCAUGCAUGCAAAACGAAGGUUGAAGAGGUCAUAAGGAGGGAAGGGGGGCGUAUUUUAGGGACCGCUAAAAACAAUGGGGAACCAUUCCAUAUAAUUGCAAUUACUCAAGACUUAGCUUUGAAAUCUCUUGCAAACAAAGAACCGGUGGAUAUCAUAUCCUCAAGUUGGAUUGCAGACUGCGUAGGAAACAGAAAACUUCUUCCACUUACACCAUUGUAUUAUAUAUAUAUGAAACCUGAAACCAAAUUAAAAGUAUAUCGAGACUAUGACAAAUAUGGAGACAGUUAUACAGAGGAUGUGACUCCCACAGGAUUGCAAGUGAUGCUUAAACAUGUCGAUACGGGCUCCAUUGAAGAGAAUGAUUUUAUGUCACUCUUAAAAGACUUUGAGUAUCGUUAUUGUCCUGCGCAACAUAUUUUCAAAGAUGUAGUUGCUUAUAUUGCCAAUAACACUAUGUCAGAAGAUAUCAAACUUCGUGAGACAAUUACCGACUAUAAUCUGAAAUAUGACUGGGACAAGUGGUAUAGGUGUACUAAUGCGUACCACAGGCUUAGUAUAGCCGAGCGUAUUCUCAAGUAUUAUGGUGUCCAGAUUGCACCUAAACCAUCGGAUGCAAGAGUGACACACGUGAUAAUAAGCAGAUUUGAUACGAAAGAUGUUCCGAGCAUUAAAAACGAUGUUGGUUCAUCCCAUUCAACUCUAUGCGAGUUUGUGUACGAUGAUUGGGUAUACGAAUCCCAUAAACAUGGAGUUCGUCUUGACUGUAAAGUUUUUGAUUAUUUUGAAAAUUUGAAAAAAGAAUCUUCCGAACAGGAUAAUAGUGACAUAUGGCAAUCGUUCUUUCAAGAAUAA